AUGGCCAACCUGGGACCAGACACUUGGACGCUCCACACUAACGAGGACAAUACGGAGCCGGUGAAGAUAGUGGCUACUAAUGCUAGACAUGGUCACGUAAUUCACCAGGAGAUGCGUUUCUCAAAGUUUCAAAGAAGGGAUCAUCAUCUUGCUGUGGAAGAUGCCAGAAAGCAUAUGUAUGACUUAUAUCGAGUUGGUUCUGGCAAAGGAGAUCUAUUUUCGGCCGCUAGUACUGACAGUGGCAACGAAGAUUAUGAUGAUGGAUUCUCAAGCCUACGUGCCAGUCUACUUUCUGGUCACAUACCUUCUGACUCGAUGGAUCUCCCCGAGCCAACGCCAUGGUCGGCACGUCGGCAGCUACGUUCUUCUGAGGUUAUUAAUUUCUUCACAGUGGAAGAGGGCACGGCUGCUCAUGCCUACUUCAAAACAGUGAACGCCCCAAGGCAUCUGAUGACUGUUUUCGAGUUCCAAUAUCCCACCUCCUGCAACGAUACUGCUAAGAAGAAUGAGUUAUGUCUGUUUGUUUUGGCCGAUGGGGACAUAUUCCAGGCGAGCGGCAGUCUCAGUGCCGGGAUUCGCCUCCCCGACGUCAAUAAGCCAGGGCGUGUGGCGGAGCUCUAUCUAGCAGUAGCAUUGGCGGUGGGUCCGGACAACAAGAAUAUUGCCAUCGACCUGAGUGUUACAGCCAGAGGUUGUGCUACGAUUUGGCAGUUGGGUGAGGGCAUCAGCAUCACUAUUACAGUUUGCCUGACAGCGAAAGGCGGUAUACACUACGCCAAUUCGACUCUGUCUUUCGCUGCCUCUGUCGGGGUGUCUGUCUCUUUCGAUGUCAACUUGCCUGUUAUUGGUAGCAUAAUCGACUUCACUAUAUCUGGAGAAAUCGGUUGUACCGCUGCCCCUAACAACACAGUGACGGCCUAUGGUAAGAUAGGCGUCAGUCACUCGGUCUUGGUAGCUGGUGCCAGCAUUUACUUGGACUUCGUUGCCGCUACUGCUGACCAUCUACCAAAUAAGUGGCAGUUUUCCUCAGGAGUAACAUUUUCUGCAUGGAUUAGUUUGGUCUUUUGGCGGCCUCGGUGGACACAUCGAUAUGUCCUCUGGUCUGUCGGCCCUGUCACUUUCUAAUACGUGACAUUUUAUGUGACAGACCGAGCCCAGGCCACUCGGAUCUUGUCACCGCUUUUGACUCCAAUUCUUCCAGUAUAGAGUGAUCUAACUGGAUUACGACUACUUCCAGUGAGCAGCGUGGAAAUCAUUCGAGCGUUGAAGACAUCGGCUCUCAAGUCGUUUAUUCAUUAUUCUGACCACCAUCUAAGGUCUCAUUUCUGUUAUUAUCAUACUCUGUGGGUCCACUACAUCUUCUCGUCUCCGCGUUCCUGCCUAUGAUCACCAUUAGGUAUCUUAUAACGCGGGUUUUAUCGAAGUUCCCAUCGUCGAGUGGAUCGGCUCGAAUGUUGAAUUGAUUUAUAUAGCACAGUUGACUUUUUUAUUCGUCCGGCUUUAAGGCUGUUGACGGUUUUAUAGAACGAUUUCCG